AAAAAAAAAGAAGAGAAAGAAAGAAAACACCCCAAACAUAUGGUAACAACAAUUCUUUCCUUUCUUUCCUAUUUCUAAAUCUCCGCAUCAUCAUUUUAACAUGUAGUGUUUAUUUUCUCCGAGAUCACCGGAAGAAAGGUCAUUUGAUUCCUUCGAAGUUUUCUGCCACUCUUCGCAUACUUGAUUUCCUUCUUGUUUUACAAGUCCACAGUUGGCAAAAAGCGAUUCACUUGGCAUCUUUGUAUGAGUGAGGAUGAUCUUAUUCGAUUAAACCUUCCUAUUCUCUUUGCUAUAUCAGAAGCGUUUUAAAGUUUUGGCUUUGUCAUCUGCGGGAAAGGCUUUGAUCCUAAAAGGGUGCUUUUAGAGGAAAUACAAAUUCAGCGACCUGUUUUCUUUCAUUUUAAUUGAGGGUUGAAGUUAUGAUGCAGUCAAGGGUGGUGGCGGUGGAGGAAGGUAAGGACCUGGCUUCUGCUAUCAGAACGAACCUUUCCAGGGCCUUGCCUUUGAGACUCCUUCUAUUUUGUUUGUCGUUUUUGGCCCUGGGCAUUGGAUUAUCCAUCAUGAGUAUGUAUUCUGUACGAUUUUUUCUAGUCCAGCAUAUAGCUGAUGUAGCACCAUCUACCAGUCAGCCUUUGUUUCAAGAGGCUAAUAGCAUAGAAAGUUGGAUUAGGCCCCCAUCAAACUUGUUGCAUACUAUGAAUGACACAGAACUAUUCUGGAGAGCUUCAUAUGUUCCUCAAAUCAAGGAAUAUCCUUUUAGGAGAGUCCCCAAGAUUGCCUUCAUGUUCUUGACCAAGGGGCCACUGCCACUGGCUCCUCUUUGGGACAGAUUCUUCAAGGGGCACGAAGGGCGGUUCUCCAUAUAUGUCCAUGCACUGCCAUCUUAUGUUGCUGGCUAUCCAUCAUCAUCCGCUUUUUACAGGAGACAAAUCCCAAGUCAGAUGGUGGAGUGGGGAAAGAUGAGUAUGUGCGAGGCUGAGAGGAGACUCAUUGCUAAUGCAUUGCUCGAUAUCUCUAAUGAAUGGUUUAUUCUCUUGUCUGAGUCAUGCAUUCCUCUGCACAAUUUCAGCAUAAUUUAUCGCUACAUAUCAAGAUCAAGGUACAGCUUUAUGGGUUCAUUCGAUGAAGCUGGACCUUAUGGCAGAGGUCGAUACAAUCCACGCAUGGAGCCGGAGGUCACACUCAGCCAGUGGCGGAAAGGGUCUCAAUGGUUUGAAGUUAACAGGAGGCUUGCGAUUGCUAUAAUUGAGGACACCACAUAUUACCCCAAGUUUAAGGAGUUUUGCCGGCCAGCUUGUUAUGUGGAUGAGCAUUACUUCCCCACCAUGCUGAGCAUCGAAUUCCCUCAUCUCUUGGCAAACAGAACUCUCACAUGGACAGACUGGUCGAGGGGUGGGGCUCACCCAGCCACAUUUGGGAAGGCCGACAUAACAGAAGGUUUGUUUAAGAAAAUUUUUGAAGGUCAGUUAUGCCUCUAUAAUAACCAGCCAUCUUCGGUUUGCUAUCUAUUUGCAAGGAAGUUUGCUCCAAGUGCUUUGGAUCCUUUAUUAGGAUUAGCAUCCAAAGUUUUAGGGUAUUGACUAGGGUUACUUGCCCAGAGGAUAGUUGGAGCCCUAAUCGAUGCAAAGUGAGUUUAGUUAAAGGGCUAACCCAUUUUUACCCUGAGUUCACAAUCCAGUCUUUUGAAACACGCUUGUCCGAAGCAGUUCGGAUGUGUAUGUAGGAUAUUAGAUCCUGAAUUAAAGCUUCUUAUGGUGUUAGUGUCAGGCCAGUGUAGCAUAGUCAGCAGCGCCACCAUUAGAGCUGUGCCUACUUUCUGUCUAGCUCUACUGGUGCUGUGAGAAUCUUCCGAAUGCUGACAGGGUUGCCACAUAUGUGCGUACAUAUGG